AUGAACAAUGAGAUGAACAUGCAGAUAAAGAGUCAUUUAUAUAACAAAUCGCUCUCUCUGAUGUUUGAUGGGUCUUGUAAAGCUGAUCUCCACUAUAUUAAUAUCAUGGCAGGUGAUAUUGAGGAUCCAAGCAAGAAAUAUCUGAUAAAUCAGAAUUUAUUGAUGUUAAGACGAAAAUAUCAGACGGAGCGCCAUAUAACACCAAAUUGA